AUGUAUGGUUUCAAUUUUCCUCCAUGUUUCUUAAAGAAGCAACCUAUCAGUCGUGCAAAAUUUCAGAGGACAUCAAACCCUAAUGUUGCAAUAGCGGAAGGCUGCCCUAACUUGACCAUGUUAAACAUUGAAUCAUGCUCUAAGAUCGGAAACGAGGGUUUGCAAGCUGUUGCAAAGUUAUGUCCUAAUCUACAUUCAAUCUCUAUCAAGGAUUGUCCUCUUGUUGGUGAUCACGGAGUGUCUAGUUUGUUAUCAUCCGCUUCCGAGUUGUCGAGGGUAAAGCUUCAGAUUUUGAAUAUCACAGAUUUUUCUCUGGCUGUUAUUGGCCAUUAUGGGAAGUCGAUAACAAAUCUGGUUCUCAGUGGACUUCGAAAUGUGAAUGAAAGAGGUUUUUGGGUCAUGGGUGUUGCUCAAGGUCUACAGAAACUAGUGUCACUGACUAUAACUUCAUGCCAUGGGGUAACUGAUGCAACCAUCGAAGCCAUCGGUAAGGGCUGCCCAAAUCUGAAGCAGAUGUGCCUUCGCAGGUGUUGCUUUGUAUCCGACAGUGGAUUGGUUGCAUUUUCCAAAUCCGCCGUAUCUCUGGAGAACUUGCAUUUGGAAGAGUGUAACAGGUUCACUCAAUCUGGGGUUAUUGGUGCCCUUUCGAGCAUCAAAGCAAAGUUGAAAUCACUCACAAUUGUGAAGUGUAUGGGAAUAAAAGACAUUGAGGUGGAAAUAUCUAUGCUUUCACCUUGCGAGUCUCUUCGAUCUCUAACCAUUAAAAACUGCCAUGGUCUCGGUAGUGCUAGUUUGGCUAUGAUCGGGAAGCUGUGUCCCCAACUUCAGCAUGUUGAUCUGACCGGACUUUACAGCAUAACAGACGCAGGCCUUCUCCCACUUUUGGAGAAUUGUGAAGCAGGACUUGUCACGGUGAACCUUACAGGUUGCUGGAACUUGACAGAUAACAUAGUUUCCACCAUGACCAGACUACACGGCGGAACUCUCGAAAUGCUAAACCUCGAUGGAUGCUGGAAUAUUACUGAUGCAAGCUUGGUUGCAAUUGCAGACAACUGCCUAUUGCUCAACGAUCUAGAUAUGUCGAGGCGUGCAAUCACUGAUGCCGGUAUAUCUAUUCUCUCUGAUGCCACUCACCUUAGUUUGCAAGUUCUCUCUCUGUCUGGCUGUUAUGAAAUAUCAAACAACUGUGCGCCUUUCCUGAAGAAAUUGGGCCAGAACUUGUUGGGAUUGAAUCUUCAAAACUGCAAUGGAAUUGGCAGCAACACAGUUGAGUUGCUUAUGGAGAGCCUGUGGAAAUGUGAUAUUCUGGCCUAAUUGCGCCAGCGCCGGAACUGCUAUAAAUAAAGAAAGUAUGUAGAUUACUUUUAUCGAAGUAUCGUAAUGAAGCAACAGGUGGUAAUAUUCAGCGUACGAUUUUUGGCUGAUAUGACUAUCAAGGGUGGAUUUGCUAGCAUGGUUUGUGGACUCGGUUGUUUUCGAGGGAGCCUUGGUUUGUUUCUUCACUAGCCCUUUUUCGCAAGCAAUUGUCAUAGAGAAAUGAUUGUUUGUUACAGUCCCUUUUGGCUAUAGCUCCCUGAGAUCACAGUUACUAAGUCAUGGUUGAUGAUGGUGUCCACUCAAGAUAGCGCAUUGCUUAGGUUUUACAUUGUAUAGCUGAAUUGUACUAUUCUGUUUGUUGUAG